GGAGGAGCAAAGUCCAGAGAACUCCGCUCCAAGCCAGAGGCCGACCAGAACGGAGCAGACAUACACGCGUCUGAUCCGUCCUUGGCUCCUACAGCCAUGAGGCUCCUCUGGGGGCUGAUCUGGGCGUCCAGCUUCUUUGCCUUGUCUCUGCAGAAGCCCAGGUUGCUCCUGUUCUCUCCGUCCGUGGUUCACCUGGGAGCCCCCCUAUCGGUGGGGCUGCAGCUCCACGAUGCUCCCCGGGGGCAGGUAGUGAAAGGAUCAGUGUUCCUGAGAAACCCAUACAAACUUAAUAUCCGCUGCUCUCCUAAGGUGGACUUCAGCCUCACCUCAGAAAAAGUCAUUCUCCUCAGCCUCCAGAUGCUCCCUGAAGAUGCACAGAACUGUGGCCUUGGAAGCCUCCUUGGAGGCCCUGAGGUCCAGCUAGUGCCCAGCACCAUGUUGAAGAGCGCUCUGUCCAAAACGGUGGACAUUCAGGGCGUGAACCUGCUCUUCUCCUCUCGCCGGGGGCACCUCUUUCUGCAGACUGACCAGCCCAUUUACAACCCUGGCCAGCGGGUUCGGUACCGGGUCUUUGCUCUGGAUCAAAAGAUGCGCCCUUCCACUGACACCCUCACGGUCACGGUGGAGAACUCUCACGGGCUCCGUGUGCGGAAGAGGGAAGUGCAUACUCCCUCAUCCAUCUUCCAGGAUGACUUUGUGAUCCCAGACAUCUCAGAGCCAGGCACUUGGAAGAUCUCAGCCCGAUUCUCAGACAGCCCGGAAUCCAACAGCAGCACCCAGUUUGAGGUGAAGAAAUAUGUCCUUCCCAACUUUGAGGUGAAGAUCAUCCCUGGAAAGCCCUAUAUCCUGACUGCAGCUGGCAUUCUUGGUGAAAUCCAGUUAGACAUCCAGGCAAGGUACAUCUACGGGAAGCCAGUGCAGGUGGCAUAUGUGCGCUUUGGGCUCCUCGAUGAGAAUGGUAACAAGACUUUCCUUCGGGUGGAGAAUCAGACCAAGCUAGUAGAUGGCCAGUGCCACAUGUCCCUCUCCGAGGCUGAGGUUCAGGGUGCUCUGGAGAAGCUUAACAUGGAUCUCACUGACCUCCCAGGGCUGCGCCUCUACGUGGCAGCAGCCAUCAUUGAGUCUCCAGGGGGAGAGAUGGAGGAGGCAGAGCUCACAUCCUGGCGUUUUGUGUCGUCUCCCUUCUCCUUGGAUCUUAGCCACACCAAGCGACACCUCGUGCCUGGGGCCCCCUUUCUGCUGCAGGCCCUGGCCAGAGACAUGUCGGGCUCCCCAGCGUCUGGCAUUCCUGUCAAAGUCGCUGCCACGUUGUCUUCUCCUGGGUCUGCUCCUGAAAUACGAAACUUUCAACAAAACACACAUGGGAGUGGCCGAGUCAUCAUUCCCAUCAUUGUCCCUCCAACCAUCUCAGAAGUGCAGCUCUUGGUGUCUGCAGGCUCCCCAUAUCCAGCCAUAGCCAAGCUCACCGUAAGAGCCCCACGCUCAGGAACUGCCGGGUUUCUGUCCAUUGAGCGACUGGAUCCUCAGCCCCCUCGUGUUGGGGACACGGUGAACCUGAACCUGCGAGCCGUGGGCGUCAGUGAGGCCAGCUUCUCUCGUUACUACUACAUGAUCCUGUCCAGGGGCCAGAUUGUGUCUGUGAAUCAAGAGCCCAGGAAGACCGUGACCUCCGUGUCUGUGUUUGUGGAUCAUCACCUGGCACCCUCCUUCUACUUUGUGGCCUUCUACUACCAUGGGGGGCUCCCGGUGGCCAACUCCCUGCGAGUGGACGUCCAGGCUGGGGCCUGCGAGGGCAAGCUGGAGCUAAAAGUGGACAGCCGCAAGGAGUACCGUCCUGGGGAGACUGUCAAGCUCCAGCUGCACACAGAUUCUCCAGCCCUGGUGGCCCUGGGUGCUGUAGACACGGCUCUGUAUGCUGUGGGCGGCAGGUCCCACAGGCCCCUCGACAUGGGCAAGGUCUUCGAAGUUAUGAACAGCUAUGACCUUAGCUGUGGUCCUGGGGGUGGGGACAGUGCCCUUCAGGUGUUCGAGGCAGCUGGUCUGGCCUUUUCUGAUGGAAACCAACUGACCUCAGCCAGAAAAAGUCUGAGCUGUCCUAUGGAGAACAAAACCCGGAAAAAGAGAAACGUGAACUUUCAAAAGGCAGUUAAUGAGAAGUUGGGCCAGUAUACUUCCCCAGUAGCCAGGCGCUGCUGCCAGGAUGGGCUGACACGGCUGCCCAUGAGGCGCUCCUGUGAGCAGCGGGUGGCGCGUGUGCAGCAGCCGGCCUGCCGGGAGCCCUUCCUGUCCUGCUGCCAGUUUGCCGAAGCCCUGCGCAAGAAGGCCCACUCCAGGGGCCAGGUGGGCCUGGCUCGAGCUCUGGAGCUCCUGCAGGAGGAGGACCUAAUGGACGAAGAUGACAUUCUUGUGCGAAGCUUCUUCCCGGAGAACUGGCUCUGGAGAUUGGCACCAGUGGACCGCUUCCUCCAAUUGUCCCACCUGCUUCCUGACUCUCUGACCACGUGGGAGAUCCAUGGCGUGAGCCUGUCCAAAAGCACAGGCCUGUGUGUGGCCACACCUGUCCGGCUCCGAGUGUUCCGAGAAUUCCACCUGCACCUCCGCUUGCCCUUCUCUGUCCGCCGCUUUGAGCAGCUUGAGCUGCGGCCUGUCCUCUACAACUACCUGGAUAAAAAUCUGACUGUGAGCGUCCAUGUGUCCCCGGUGGAGGGGCUGUGCCUGCCUGGGGGCGGAGGGCUGGCCCAGCAGGUGCUAGUGCCUGCAGGCUCUGCCCGGCCCGUUGGCUUCUCUGUGGUGCCCACGACAGCUGCUGCUGUGUCCCUGAAGGUGGUGGCUCGAGGGUCCUUGGAGUUCCCUGUAGGGGACGCAGUGUCUAAGGUUCUACAAAUUGAGAAGGAAGGGGCUGUGCACACGGAGGAGAUAGUCUAUGACCUUAACCCCUUGGACCACCGAGGCCGGACCUUGGAAAUUCCUGGCAACUCUGAUCCCAAUAUUAUCCCUGAUACAGAUCACAGCAGCCAUGUCAGGGUCACAGCCUCAGAUCCACUGGAAACUUUGGGCUCUGGUGGGGCCUUGUCACCAGGAGGCCUGGCCUCCCUCCUGAGGCUUCCUCAGGGCUGUGGGGAACAAACCAUGACCCUCUUGGCUCCGACACUGGCUGCUUCCCGCUACCUGGACAAGACUGAGCAGUGGAGCAAACUGCCCCCGGAGACCAAGGACCACGCUGUGGAUCUGAUCCAGAAAGGCUACAUGCGGAUCCAGCAGUUUCGGAAAACAGAUGGUUCCUAUGGGGCAUGGUUACAUCGGGACAGCAGCACCUGGCUCACGGCCUUUGUGCUGAAGGUACUGAGUUUGGCCCAGGAACAGGUGGGCGGCUCACCUGAAAAGCUGCAGGAGACAGCCAACUGGCUGCUGUCCCAGCAGCAGGCUGACGGUUCAUUCAAGGACCCCUGUCCAGUUAUCCACAGGGGCAUGCAGGGGGGCUUGGUAGGAAGUGACGAGACUGUGGCGCUGACGGCCUUUGUGGCCAUCGCCCUCCAUCACGGGCUGGCCAUGUUCCAGGACAAGGACGCAGAGCAGCUGAAGCAGAGAGUGGAAACUUCCAUCUCCAAUGCUAAUUCAUUCUUGGGGGAGAAAGCCAGUGCUGGGCUGCUGGGUGUCCACGCAUCCGCCAUCACGGCCUACACGCAGACGCUGACCAACGCCCCUGGGGACCUGAAGGAUGUGGCCCACAACAACCUCAUGGCCAUGGCCCAAGAGACAGGCGAUUACCUGUACUGGGGCUCGGUCGCCAGUUCUCAGAGCAACGUUGUGUCCCCCACGCCGGCUUCUCGUAGCCCGUCAGACCCCGUGCCCCAGGCCCCGGCCCUGUGGAUCGAAACCACAGCCUAUGGCUUGCUGCACCUGCUGCUUUGGGAGGGCAAGGCGGAGAUGGCUGACCAGGCCGCAGCCUGGCUCAUCCACCAGGGCGGCUUCCAAGGGGGCUUCCGCAGCACCCAGGACACGGUGAUCGCCCUGGACGCCCUGUCUGCAUACUGGAUCGCUUCCCACACCACUGAGGAGAGAGAGCUCAACGUGAACCUCAGCUCCAUGGGCCGCAAUGGGUUCAAAUCCCACGUGCUGCAGCUGAACAACCAGCAAAUUCAGGGGCUGGAAGAGGAGCUGCAGUUCUCCUUGGGCAGCAAGAUUAGUGUGAAGGUGGGAGGAAACACCAAAGGCACCUUGAAGGUCCUUCGUACCUACAAUGUCCUGGACAUGAAGAAUACGACCUGCCAGGAGCUUCAGAUUGAGGUGACCGUCAUGGGCCACGUGGAGUACACAAUGGAAGCCAACGAGGACUAUGAGGAUUACGAGGACUACGAGUUAGCCAGCGACGACCCGGGGGCCCCAACCCCGCCCGUGACACCCCUGCAGCUGUUUGAGGGGCGGAGGAGCCGCCGCAGGAGGGAGGUACCCAAGGUGGCCGAGGAGCAGGAGUCCAGGGUGCAGUACACUGUGUGCAUCUGGCGGAACGGCAAGCUGGGGCUGUCAGGCAUGGCCAUCGCGGACAUCACCCUCCUGAGUGGAUUCCACGCCCUGCGGGCCGACCUGGAGAAGCUGACCUCCCUCUCUGACCGCUACGUGAGUCACUUUGAGACCGAGGGGCCCCACGUCCUGCUGUACUUCGACUCGGUCCCCACCUCGCGGGAGUGCGUGGGCUUUGGAGCUGUGCAGGAGGUGCCCGUGGGACUGGUACAGCCGGCCAGCGCGGCCCUGUACGACUACUACAACCCCGAGUACAAGUGUUCUGUGUUUUACGGAGCACCAACUAAGAGCAAACUCUUGUCCACCUUGUGUUCUGCCGAUGUCUGCCAGUGUGCUGAGGGGAAGUGCCCCCGACAGCGCCGUGCCCUGGAGCGGGGGCGGGUGGAGGAGGAUGGUUACAGGAUGAAGUUUGCCUGCUACUACCCCCGCGUGGAGUACGGCUUCCAUGUGAAGGUUCUCCGAGAAGACGCCAGAGCUGCUUUCCGCCUCUUUGAGACCAGUAUCACCCAAGUCCUGCACUUCUCCAAGGAUACUCAGGCCACUGCUGGUCAGACCCGAAACUUCCUGGUUCGAGCCUCUUGCCGCCUCCACUUGGAACCUGGGAAAGAAUAUUUGAUCAUGGGUCUGGAUGGAGCCACCUAUGACCUCAAGGGACACCCCCAGUACCUACUGGACUCAAACAGCUGGAUUGAGGAGAUGCCCUCGGAACGCCUGUGCCAGAGUACCCGCCAGCGGGCAGCCUGUGCCCAGCUCCGGGACUUCCUCCAGGAGUACAGCACUCAGGGCUGCCAGGUGUAAGGCCUGUUUGCUCACCUCCCCCAUGAGGAGCCUGAGCCUGGGUUGUUGCUGGGCCCAGUCGCCUGAACAGCCCAGUGCAGGGCCAGUGACUCAAUAAAGGCCGUUAGCAGCAAA